CGAAACCCAACCUUUGCCAGCGAAUGGGUCCGCCUGGUGGUUGACCGGUUGUCAGAGUUCAGUUUGGUCGAGGCGCGCGUGACGUUUGGACGUGUUCUGGCUUUGCUGGAGUGAGCUCGAAAGUGAAUCCGCUGUAGAAUCUAAUGUGAGCGGUACUGGGAUUUCCAGAGUGUCACAGUGUGGUAUCACUGUGCUUAAGUGUGACUCUCGUGUCUGGCACCAUACCGCGGUCCAAUCUCCUACCCGCGGAGUGAUGAUCAAUUUUUGCCUAUUCUAAGUGGCGGUCGUUGAAAGCUUAACCAGGCGGUUGCUCAUGUGAACACGCGGAAGCUUAUCGGGUGAAGCAAGACACGGCGACAAGGUGCGACCGACUGUCGGAGGUGGUGACCACAAGGGGAUUUCACUGCAAAGAUAAAAACCAACGGAAAGCAACCGUUCUGCUUGUUCGAGUGUCUACUGCAGCAAGGGAUACGGGUUGUAAAUUAGGCACGGUUUGCCAAUUAGGGUGUUAAUUUUUGUAAAUUAUUGAUUCGGAAAUGUUUUGGAGGAGGUCUGAAAUGUGAUGCAGUUUAGUGAAAAUGCUAUGUCAGCUUCAUAAUCGUGUCGUUUUGUUGUAUUUUAAAACAGAAGAAGAGAAAAAAAAUUGUUGGAGAAAAUGAGAAACACCGAAAUACGAAUGUAAGCGAAAAAAAUAUAUAUGCGGCAAAAACGAAAUGAAUCUAAUUACUGUCUCCAUGUCUCCGGCACCGUUGGGUAAACAGUAAUUAUUUUGAAAAGUAAGCUCGGAACGGGAUGUAACCGCGAAUAGUGCUUUUGUGAAAAUGAAUAAUGAAAGUGUUACCGUGAAUUCUAAUUGGAUAGAAUUGGCAAGUGAGCAAAACAAAAUAGUGGUUAUUCAGAUCUGUCGGGCCUCAUUGAAUUGUUGAAAGCUUAAGAGAGUAUCGUUACAGUGUUACGGUUUACGUUUGAAAACCCAGAUACAACAUUUGAAAAGACAUUAAAAUAUGUUGUAACUAAUUUUGAAUUGGAAAAACUUAACUAUCCAGUAAUACACGCUGUGAGUUUCUUCAAUCUUCAAGAAUUGAUUAUGCGUUAGAAAGCGCAGAUAGUGUGAACGAUGGAACUGCUGGUAUCGCAAAAGUCGGCCAACGAUUGUUCGCCGAAGCUGGCCGCCAACUCUCGCCGACCAAGUACCGGAAUCGUCAAUCCGGUGGCCAGCUUGGAUUUCGACGACAGCAGCAGUAGUAAUUUCAGUGACAUCACGAAAAUUCCUCGCGUGCCCGGGGAUGGUGCCCAGGCGGAGGAUGUAGGCCCACCAAUCGGUAGCUCGGGUCACCUGGAGGGUCGAAAGCAGGAACAACUUGCGGAGUUGAUGUUAAAUCAAAAGCAGCAGAGUAAUGGGGAUCUGCGGCCUUCGCCGAUGGUGACAUCAAUUUGCCAAAGUGAGACUAACGGGAAGGAGUUAAAAGCUGACAUACACAAACCAAAUGGUUCGGCAGUCACACCGGUAAAGAUGGACGACAGCAACGGAAAGAAUGGUGGCGGUGGUGGUGCUACUUCAUCUCCGCCACCUGGCGGAGGAACCAAUAAUGAAGGAGGAGGAGGAGGUGGUGGUGGUGGGAACGGGAUUGGUGAUACAGCGAACCCUACCAGCGCUGCACUACCGCCGCUCAGCAGUAACACCUACUCGGCUUUCAAGCGAGGAAAUGUGAUCAAGGGUAUUCUGUGUCCAUCGAUGACCAACUCCUUCCGUGCACCGUCCCUUGAACGUUCCUAUCUGACCUACUCCCACCGGCAGCGGCAAAAAUCACUAAUACUGGUGAAUGUAGUCGAUUUGGUACUCAAGAUCGUGCUGGCGUCUGUCUGGAUAGGUUUCAAUCAUCCCGCGACAGUGAAAGCUCACGAGAUCACCUGGUCGGUGUGCUGUGUCGUCUCGAACUUCCUGAUCUGUGUUCUGGGGAGCUGGCGGUUGUUCGCCAACAACUAUCUGCACUGGGCGGCCGUGUGCACCUGGCUGCUGCUGAAUCUGCAAGGUUUCAUCGGCGAUGGGAUGGGCUUCGCCGAACGGGAGUACCUGAUUUGGUAUGUCCUGUUCAUCAUCUUCGUGCCGUACGCCAUGCUGCCACUGCCGUUGAAGUGGUGCAUGAUCGCCGGCUCGGUCACUGCCAUUUGUCAUCUGAUUGUGACGACGAUCAACAAGUUUUUGCACGAAAAUGAUACAACCUGCAUCGUGCGCCAGAUGAUUGCCAACUCGCUGCUGUAUCUGGCGAUAAACUUUGCCGGGAUGUACACCAAGUACCUAACCGACCGUGGCCAACGGUUGGCAUUCAUCGAAACCCACAAGGCCAUGGAGCACAAGCGUGAAUCGGAGAAGGAAUACCAACGGACCCAACGGUUGCUGGAUUCCAUUCUUCCGAUGUUCGUAAAUAAUGACAUCCGCAAGGAGAUGUACAAAUCACCGGAACAGCAGGCUCAGGUGGACACUCAAUUCAAGAAGCUGUACAUCUACCACAUGGACAACGUCAGCAUUCUGUUUGCGGACAUCAAAGGUUUCACGGAACUGGCGAGCAAGACUUCGGCUCAGCAGUUAGUUAAAAUUUUGAAUGAUUUGUUUGCGAGAUUUGACAAAAUCGCCGAAGAUAACCAUUGCUUGCGGAUCAAACUGCUGGGAGAUUGCUAUUACUGUGUGUCGAUGUUCGACUCCCAAAGCUGGAAAAGUCGACCGGAUCAUGCCGUUUGUAGUGUGGAAACGGGUCUGCACAUGAUUAAGGCAAUAAAGGAUGUUAGGGCCCAAACGAAUGUGGUUGAUUUGGACAUGAGAAUCGGAAUCCACAGUGGAUCGGUGAUGUGCGGAGUGCUUGGCGAGAAGAAGUGGCAUUUCGACGUCUGGUCAAACGAUGUGAUCAUUGCGAAUCACAUGGAGUCAGGAGGAGUUCCCGGUCGGGUGCAUAUAUCGGAAGCAACACUUAACUGCUUGAACGACACGUACGAAGUAGAGCCCGGUAACGGGUCUAGCCGAGAUAGCCAUCUGAAAAUGAUGAACAUCAAAACAUAUCUUAUCAAGCGAACCGAACCGUUACGACCACGGAAAAGACUGAUGAACCGAAUGAGUACACUGCAAUUUGAGAAAGAGGCCAUCGCUAAACUGAACGAAUUGAAGCUCAGAAAGGAUUCGAAAACCCCGAGCGUUGCAUCGAGCGGAGCAAACCAUAACCAUAUCACCAAACGUAGCUCGAAAUCUACGAUCCACGAAGAUGAACCGACGACCGACUGGACGCCGGAGAUACCUUUCAAGAAUCUGGGUCAGGCGGGAGUCAACACUGCGGAAAGUUUUCGGGAUAAACAAAAGUACGACCCGGAAGAUAGUGUUCCAUCGACUGAGGAAGUAGACGAGAUAAUCGAUCAGAAUAUUCAGAUCAACUCGAACAAGCAGAUGCGGAUGGAAUACUUGUACACUUGGACGCUCAAGUUCAAGGAUUCAUCACAGGAGGGAACGUUCUGUCAGCUUCGGGAGGACAUGUUUCGAUCCAAUAUGCUCUGCGUGUUUGUUGUAUGGAUUUUCAUUGUCCUCUGCCAGGCGGUGAUUAUUCCGAAAUGCACGGUACUGAUAGUGUCGCUAUCGAUAACGACCUUCAUCCUAACGGUCGGAUGUGUUCUCGUAAUGGCGGAAGAAUUUUCAGCUCUUCCAACUUUCCUACAGAAAAGUUCAUCCACGUUGGUGCACGAUCGUAAACGACGAACAAUCUUCGUUUGCGUUACCAUCAUUUUGAUGUCCGCUGCAAGUUCGAUGGGUUUGAUCAUGUGCGAUUUGAAAGAAACAACUCCAGCAAACGAAACGUUUCGCAAAGAAGCGUCCAUCGCUUCGCUGCAAAUCGGCGGAGGAGUAAAGCAAGAACUUCAACUGAAUCUGACAGUUACUGCGACUCUCAAUCAAAACCUGGUGCUGAACUCGAACAAAGUUGUAAACUUCGAUCUGGAAAUGUUAUCGAAUGACGAGAAUAAAACGUUGAAAGAUCUAACCGAACAAGACCUUCGGCUGUACGGACUCACUCCUCUCUUUGUGGAUAUACCGCAAAGUUUCAAAGUUUCAGUGUACAAUUUAUCUUCUGAGGACUCACUGCUGGAGCAGAGAACUCUUGCCAAACUUUCGACGAAAUAUGAUCCACUGAACGCAUCAUCCCGAUGCGUUCAUCCCGAAUAUGUCGUUUUCACGUGGGUCCUAUGUCUCAUAUCCCUGGCCACGGCUUUGAAACUGUACUAUCUCGUGAAAACCUUCAUGGCGAUCACCAUGGUUGCCUGCUACUCGAUCCUCAUUCUAGCGGUAUUCAAGCAAGUGUUCGAAACAUUCGACACCCAGUUCAUAGAGGCCAGCGGAAUGCCGUUGGCUGCUCAGAUGAUGAUUCUAUUGGUGGUGUUCCUCACCAUGGUCACCUACCAUGCACGGUUGGUGGAAGUUACCUCCCGGUUGGACUUCAUCUGGAAAGAACAGGCCGAGAAAGAGUUGUCCAAUAUGAAAUCCAACCGACAUCUGAAUGACCUUUUGAUCAAGAACAUCCUGCCGGAUCACGUGGCCUCCUACUACCUGUCCGAGGAACGCACCGAAGAACUGUACGCUCAAAUGCACGAGCUAUGCGGGGUGAUGUUUGCUUCGAUUCCGAACUUUAAGGAUUUCUACUCGGAGGAUAUCGAAAACGGGAAGGCCUGUAUUCGAAUUUUGAAUGAAAUAAUAUCGGACUUUGAUUCGCUUCUGGAGGAAUCUCGUUUUGUCACGGUCGAGAAGAUCAAAACGGUAGGAGCAACGUACAUGGCGGCGUCGAAUUUGUGUUCCGGAAAUAAGUCAAAGGUUGAUGAGAAAGACGAGGAGGCUGUUUGCGAUUUGGUGGAAUUUGCUUUGGCCAUGCGUCAAAAGCUUCAGGAGGUCAACAAGGAUGCAUUCAACACUUUUCAACUGCGCGUUGGAAUCUGCAGUGGCCCAUUGGUAAGUGGGGUUAUUGGUGCCCGCAAACCGGUCUAUGAUAUAUGGGGAAAUACCGUGAAUGUGGCAUCGAGGAUGGAUUCCACCGGUGAGAAUUGGAAGGUACAAGUGCCGGACUACACGGCAACACUGCUCCAAAGCAAAGGAUACACAUGUGUGCCACGAGGUGAAGUCAACGUCAAGGGAAAGGGACUUAUGCUGACCUACUGGGUAUUGGGCAUGAAUGUCUCCGCGAGUCAAUUAACUUCUCCUGCUCUGGUACCGGCUGGCGUACCGCAAGCGCAAACGCCUUCCCUGCAGCGGCAAAUAUCUCAGCACAGUUCUCUGGCCGCCGUUGUGUUCGGCAUGAUGCAGGCUUCCAAGAGAAGCAAUCUCAACACAACCCCAACCGCAACGCCAUCACCGAGAUCCCGGUUCGGGCGACGGGGAAGCACAUUCAGCUCGGUCAGAUUGAGUCAGAAAGUGCAGUCUAACAAUCCGGUACGAAGAAAUACGACUCGAGUGCGGGUGAGGAGCUACACCAUGAGAAAGCCAAACAUCCCCCGAUCCCCAACGGUACAGUUUCCCCCUAGCGAAGUAGAAGCGGACGCGGCCAAUAAUGUGAUACCGUCCUUCCGGCAGCUGCAUCAGAAUGUGAAAGAGGAACAGACUGGCGUGUAGAAGGAAGAUCGUUUUUCCCCACCCCCAAACAAGAAUCUGAAGAACUUGUCCAGGGUUUCUAGUUAUAGGAAAUAGUAGCCAAACGGUAUGUUCUAGUCAUUAGAAUGAAGCACAAGUAAAGCACUUUGAGCACAUUUAUAGCAUGCGCCAUAAUUUAAACCAAGCCAUAAAUGGGUCCAAUCAAGAAAGAACUGUAUGAGGGAAAAAAGCUAGGAACGAAAUGUUUUAGCAUGAUGUGAUGAUUGUUGGUAGUUUAUAUAGGCAAACCAAAUCGAAGAAAUAAAACAUAUUUAAAUGCAACAAUUCCGUGGAAACAAAAACUAUAUAUAAGAAUGGUUGUUGAGGUAACCUUUGAAUUGGCAUCAGUAAAGCGUAGAUAAAACAAUUCGUUUUGUUUCACGGAAAAAGUGUUGAUUUUAACUGAGCAGCAUUAACUGAUCAAUUCUACCGACAAGACACCUAAAUGUGAUUCUCGAUGUGUACAUUUUUAAUUUAAAGAAAUAAAAUUAACGUCCUUAUACAAUAUAAAAAAAAAACUACAUGGAAUAAUUGUUACACCAAAGGCAAUGAAAUAUAUUAGUCAUUAUACUA